GAUAUAAGAGUGACCAAUUCCGAAAUACUUCUAGUUAAACUGAAACCGUUGAAUCAUACAACUUGAAUUCUACUCACUUUUAAUCUUUUUGUGUACAUUUCGAAAUCAAAAUGCCUGGACCGUCAAGACCAUUGUGGCAAGUAGCCGGCAAACGUGACCCACAACAAGAGAAAGAGGCUCAAGAUUGGAUUGAGAAAGUGGUGGGGCAACGGUUUCAUCCAGGAUACUCGUAUGAAGAGAAUCUGAGAGAUGGGGUUUUACUUUGUAUGCUUAUGAAUCGAUUGGCGCCUGGAAUAAUUCAAAAAGUUAAUACUUCCGGAGGGGAUUAUAAAAUGAUGGACAAUCUGAAUCAAUUCCAAAAGGCGUGUGUCCACUACGGCGUUCCCGACGUUGAUUUAUUUCAAACAACAGACUUGUGGGAUUUCAAAAACAUCGUCUUGGUAACACAAACAAUCUUCGCUCUUGGAAGGACAGCGUACCGUCAUCCCGAAUGGAGAGGCCCAUGGUUGGGUCCAAGGCCAUCGGAGGAAAAUCGCCGAGAUUUUUCAGAAGAACAACUGCGGGCGGGCGAAGCCAUAAUUGGUUUACAAGCGGGAUCCAACAAAGGAGCGACCCAAUCGGGCCAAAACUUCGGGGCCUCCAGAAAAAUUAUCUUUGGAAAGUAACUCUCGUCAAAUAAUUAAUGAACUAAAGUAAUUUGUAUUAGUUUGAAACUAAGUUUUACGCCAAGUAGUAAUUAUAUGGUUGUCUAAAAAUAACUACUGGUUUGUAAUAAUUUAUGUGAGACCAAUCUUAGUUGCAGCUGAGUUUAUUUAAUCGUUGUUUUUGGUUGUAGAAAAUGUCAUUGUCCGUCUCUAAUAAAACUCAAAUACCUCUA